AUGGGCUUUGGUAGACCUGAGCCUCCUUCCUCAGAUGCAGGAGGUGGAAUAAAGAGUCGGAUGCAGGAGUACUACAAUUUCAAUGGGAAAGUGCCCCAUGUAACCUAUGACUACACAGUGCCAAGGACGCUUUCACCAGCUCUUCAAACAGUUUCCCCUAUCUUCAAGAUGUCUCUCCAUCUUCACUUACCGGAGCCCAGCCACAAUCAUCAGGAGGCAGUCGCUCCCAUUCCUGUAGAUUUCAAUGCCACUUGGAUCUCUCUUGCACCAGAAGGCAUUGGGGAACGUUUCUCACAGGGAGAGGAGCAUGGAGGCAUGGGCUUCAAAAGCCAGAACUUCUUCCCCAGUAACUCCAGUGCUCAAGCAAGGGACUGGGAUUGGAAGCACAGGGCAGAGGAGGAAAGGUUUGGUUUCCAGGUCCGACAAGUUUAUCAUACAAAUGGAGCAGGCGAAGAUGAAGAGGUGGCAGCCAGCAGGGAAACAGAGUUGGACCUCAGGCUCAACCAUAUUACAGUUAGCACAGUCAUGCCUCAUGGUGCAGCCAGGCACCAAGAGACUAGCAGGAUUGGACCAUCCAGGUUGCGUCUCUUCCGGAAACUGUGUCUCCAGGAUCCACAAAAUGCUGCCAUUUGUAGAGAGCUGCAUUAUCUGGCAAUCAAACUGGGGAGGAAGAAUUCAACAGCAGUGUUUUGGGGAGACCCAUUGGUGGAGUGGCCAGAAGGACUACACAAGCAACCCCCAAGAAAGAAAUUUCUUGAACAUGUGAAUGCUGGAGUUUAUGCAGUGGAUGAGGCAACAAAUGACACAACUAUCACAUCAUCUUCCAAGCCCAGUUCCAGCUCCACCUUUCAGCUGGGCUUUGUGAACAAACACCUGUCAGAACCUCAUCAGGGCCCUAGUACUGAAAGGUGA